CCUUGAAAACUUGAUUGCAGAAACUUCAAAAUAUGUUUCAUAUCUUGCGUGUCACAAUUCACUCAAUUACUUCGACAAACGAUGAUUUCGUUUCACGAGCACCAAACAUCGAACAUCAAUCGAACGGGUAGACGCGUUCUUCUGUUCCCGGAGCGGCUGCACGCCAAUGCAGGAUAACGUUUGUUAAGUUGAAUAUGGAGAAGCUCCAUAUGAAAAAGUGACGAGAAGUAAAAUGCGAAAACUUGUGAUUUUUGGUUUAACACAAUGCCGUGUGAAAUAGGCCAGAACAUACACAAAUUGAGAAAGAAAAAUAAAGAGCUUUUGGAUUUACUCGAGUCAAACUCAGCUCUUUUAGAAAACAAAAUAAAAAUGUUAAGACACGCAACAAGAUCCCCUAAAAAAUCCGAUGAUCAGAAAAAUGUGCCUUCUUCACCACUGAAACGAAGAUAUGAAUCGUCAGGGGUAGCAAGCAGUUCCGAUUCUCGAGUGAAAACUGGCCCAGCUGUCUCCCGUUGUAAACGAGAUUCUUCUCCAAGCAAUAAUGAAAACCUGACAGAGAAAAUUUUGCGAUGUGACCCUAAAAAGGCACCUGCUAAACGAAUUAAAAACACUGGUAGUUCAGAAAUUAAGAAAUCACUUGGGAGGCAAGCCAAAGGAAGAUCGACAGUUGAAGAUAAAAAUGCCCUCAAGUUAAAUGCUAUACAUAAUACUUGUUAUUGCAGUAAAGUACAUCAGCAUUGCAAAACCGAACCAUUAAAACCUAAACAAAAUGAAGGAAAAUGUACAAAAAUGAGAACUGAACAGGGUAAAAAUACUCCCUAUUUGAAAGAACCUUUUGAUAUUCAAAAAAGUGACAGUAAAGUUAAAUUUCUCAAACCUUCAGGAAAUGACGAAACAGAAGUUCCAGAUGUAUGUCUAAAAUGUAUGGAUGAGGCAAGGCGUUUGCUGAAUUAUUCACCAGAAUCUCUGUUUCUCCGACGGAUGAAGGAGAGACUUCAAAAAUCUGUAAAUCAUCCUUUAAGUAAAGAUAAUGUAAAAAUUAAUCAAAUAUGUGCAUGUGAUAAUAACAAGUCCUCUUCAUGUGACUCAGAGAAUGACCACACCUCUUCUCCAAAAGCUGAUGACUGUGACUGUGGUGCUGUGAAUGAGAAUCAGAUUGGUAAUGAGAAUGAUAUCCAAGAUCAACAUUGCAAUUUUCACUUAGCGAGAGGUGACUUUGGAAACAAAAAACAUUGUUGCUGUGUGAAUAAACAAUCCAAUUACAAAGAUGCUGAGUUCCAGACAUCAAAGCAUUUAAUAGAUUCAUCAACUCAAGCAGGUCAUCAUCACCAUUCUGUCAAAAAGAAAAUUCAUAAGACUCAUAUCCGAAAAUGUCUCAAGGUAGAAGGAAGUAAAUCACACAAAAAUAUUCCCAAAAAGUUAACUUCUGAUCAAAGAAUUUCAUCUGACAUUCGGCAUGGAAAAUGUCAAUGCAAAAAGCAGGUAGGAGGGCUAUGUUGCUGUGAAGUUCUUACAUCUGCUGAUGGAAGAAAUGACCAUGAUGAUGCUAGGUUCUCAGCUCCUUUGAAAUCAUCUGUCUCUGCCCCAGCAGUAUCGAGUUUGAAGCCAAGGAAACCAUCAGAUACAAAACAGGGUUCUUCAGAAGCAGGUGAAACUGAACCUGAACCACUGAAAUUGCCUAUUUCCAAAAAUAUCCAAACAACAGGCUAUGAUAUAAUAGCAGCGCUUGCUGAGAAUGAUCACAGGAAGUAUGCUGCUGACCCUUGCACUUACCAGUUGGAAGAAUUAAGUAAUUUUCGACAGAAGCAUUGGUUUGAUUGCCAUUCUCAUCCUCAUGGGACAACAUCAAAUGAAUUUUAUCCAGGUUCUAAAGAAGAUCAAAAUAAAAUUUCUUCCUUUGAUGAUGAUCUAAUGCAGCCUACAUUGGAUCCAUGUCUUCGUGCAUAUCGCUUAAAUCAGCGGUUGUUCCCAGAAGCAGUGAAAGAAUCACAUAGUGCAGGAUGCUGCAUUUCCCAACAGGGUAAAUGUAUCUCCCAUCGUCUCCUUCCAACACAGCGGCGGCUCAUUACCUUGCCAUCUAUCCCUCAUCAGUACGGCAAGGAAGCUAGUGCAACUAUGAAGAUUCCUCCUGGAAUUGAAGCAUUCCCACAUUCAAAUAUUCUUAUCUGUGACCCUACACGUAUGGCAUCCGUUCCCAACAAAUCACGCUCUGCAGUUGAAAGUCCCCGUCGCCUUCGACGCCCAGUUCCUAGCAAUUCUUUGGCUUUACGCUUUCAAAAGGGAGUUGCAUAGUUUACAUCAAGAAAAUAUAAUGUGGUCUGAGAUGUUGGUCAGUUUUACCUUAAGAUAUCGAGAUUCUUUUUUGUGUUGUAUAUUGCUAAAGUUGUUUUAUUUGAUUUUAAUGUAUUUCUUUGAAUUAUGAAUUAUUGUUGCAUUGCACCAAAAAACAUCAUACUUUUUUUUUAUUUGGAAAUAUUAAUAUAUUGCAAAAAUAUGUAAUUAAACUAUGAAGAUUUGAAUAUAAAUAUUAUAAUAAAUAUAUUUUAUUUAUUUGUGCCAUAUGUGAAUAAAGGGUGAUUUUUUCAUGGGCAUUUCAGUGUUGUAUAAUUGUGUUCUUUUUGUAAAAUUACUUUUAUAGGUUAAAGAAUUUUGUAAUUAAAAUCAUGGACUUUCAUGUCUUUAACUGUUGCCUCUUAAUAGAUUAUAUUUUUAUUAAAGUAUACUUAUAUGUGAGGGAGUAUUAGAACAUUCAAAAUUUAAUGGGUUUUAAAUUUAUUGUCUUGUAAUUAAAUGAUAUUAACUGAAGUUGUUAUUUAGAAUCUAAUAUAAAGUAUUUGCUAUGUUCAGGAUCUGAAAGAAUCAAAUCUGAUCCCAGUGAAGGUACAGAAUAUAAAGUAAGUAAUAAAACACAAAAAUGAAAGGAUUAAAAUUUGACAAAGGGUUUGUACCACGCUAAAUACAUUGUUUGUUAAAUUUAUAACAUCAGUUCAUAGAAAGUCUUAUUUUUUUAAUAUCUUGAAACAUUGUGAUACUAAAUAAUUUGUGUAACCAAACUCAAAAUGGAAAAUAAAUUAUAUACCUGUCCCAU